AUGGCGGCGACCGGUGGUCUAGGUGUCCUCCAGGGUUGCGGCGUCCGCUUGGUGGCUGCCUACUUUGCCCGGUUGGGUCAGGGGUUGGUGACAGGGGGGUCGGGGCAGCGCAUGUGGUUAACAUCUGAGCGUCGCUGCUGGGCUUCUGUGAGUGCGGGGUCAGGCCUCAGCAGGAGUUAUGGUUCGGAAGCAAAAGGCGAUGAGGAGCUAAGAGUCCGUUACCUGGAGGAGGAGAACAAAGGAAUUGUGGUGCUUGGAAUAAACCGAUCUUAUGCCAAAAAUGCUCUCAGUAAAAAUCUUAUAAAAAUGCUAUCAAAAACCGUGGAUGCUUUGAAAUCUGAUAAGAAAGUGCGGACUAUUAUAGUCAGGAGUGAAGUCCCUGGGAUAUUCUGUGCUGGUGCUGACCUUAAGGAAAGAGCCCAAAUGAAUUUAAGUGAAGUUAGUUCUUUUGUCUCCAAAUCAAGGACAGUAAUUAAUGAAAUGGCUAACCUUCCAGUGCCAACUAUUGCAGCAAUAGAUGGGAUCGCAUUAGGUGGUGGCCUCGAAUUGGCUUUAGCAUGUGAUAUAAUAGUAGCAGCCUCUUCUGCUAAAAUGGGCUUGGUUGAAACAAAAUUGGCCAUCAUUCCUGGUGCAGGAGGAACACAAAGAUUACCUCGUGCCAUUGGCAUGGCUCUGGCAAAGGAAAUGAUCUUCUCUGCUCGUGUAUUAGAUGGCCAGGAAGCAAAAUCAAUAGGCUUGAUCAGCCAUGUUUUAGAACAAAAUGAAACAGGAGAUGCUGCCUACAGAAAGGCAUUAGCCUUAGCAAGAGAAUUUUUACCUCAGGGGCCUGUAGCAAUGAGAGUGGCAAAACUAGCCAUCAAUCAAGGUAUGGAGGUGGAUUUAGUCACAGGUUUAGCAAUAGAAGAAGCGUGUUAUGCUCAGAUUAUUCCAACUAAAGACAGACUUGAAGGACUUCGGGCUUUUAAAGAAAAAAGGCCUCCUCGGUACAAAGGAGAAUAAAAGAUUUAGAAGCUUUAUCAUUUAAAUGGAUCUCCCUGCUUCUUAAAGUACCAUUCUGGUGCACUAUACCUCGAGGCAAAUGGACUUAUAACUACUGAAAUGAAAAGCAAGCUAAUCAUACAAUGCAUUAAGCAUCUGAAAUGUUUCCAUCCAUGUACUUUAUUUAAGUAUUGGCACUGUUACAUUCAUUCUAGUUUAUGAAGAUAGCUAUAUGUACUUAUUCAAAUCCAGGGUUUUUUUUAAAUUUCAUGUGUGUUAGCCAUCUCAUUCCUAAUUUUUAAAAUGUGAAUAGUUUCUAUAGACC